AUGUCCCUCAAGGACAUCGGAAAGUACGAUGUGUCCGAAGAAACCCAAGCUCUCAAAGAUAAAGUAGCAAGUCAAGACACUGAGAAUGCAGGCCUGCGAAGCCGCCUAAUGAAGAGAGAGGCCGAACUGGAGGAGAUAAAGACAUCAUUGAACGAAACAUUGUACAAGCUCAGCGCGGAGGCUGAUCGUGCUCUCAGGCUUGAAAGCGAUCUGGGGCGGCGCUCAGAUGAACUCAAGAUGGAGAAAAUGGCAGCUAGGAAUGGAGAAGCUGCACUUGUGGCUGCGCAGGACAAACUGAAAGCUGAAGAACGAGCAGUACGCGAGCUCGAGGCAACGCUUGAUACUAUGUCUUGCCAAUCCGAUUUAACCAGGGCUCAGACUUCCAAACUGGAGACAGAGAAGCGAAAUAUGGAGUCCCGCCUGCGUGAGCUAGAGAGGAUGCUGGAAAAUACGAAACCUCAACCGGCAGCUAAUUCUCGAUUGCCGCAGCGAAGUGGGAGGCCUCGGUCUUCCUCUGUGUCUAGUUUCAGAUCACCAGCGUUGGAGCGAGAACUCAACGAUAUGAAAGAAGAUCUUGUCAAGACGCAAAAUACGCAGUUUUCGGCGGAGAAGACUAUGCAGGCUCGUAUCGCGGAGCUCACAUCAGUAAUAGAGGACAAGGAUGAGGAGCUGGAGGUGUUGAAAUCGAGUCAAGGCGCGGGCAACGCAAUGGAGAGGGAAGAAGAGUUGAUGAAGAGGAUAGACGAAGAUGAAGUGAAGAUAGAGACAUUAGAGAGUCUCCUGCGCGAUCAGCAGAGAGGACCCACACAGGCGGCGUACGAUAAGCUGCAGAGAAGGCUACGUGCUGAGUCGGAGAAGCUUACCUGCUCAGAGAAGAAAGUGCAAGACCUCUUGGAGGAGAAAAAGGAAGCACAGGACGCAUGUACUAAUAUGCGGCAGCAGCUUGACAAAGUGGAUCAGCUGUUCCAGGACAGCGAGAAACGCGUUCGAGCUCUGACAGCCAUUGAGUGGUAUGCAAUCAUUAGCCAUCAGCCCGAUAUAUUGCUGAUGUUGAACCAGUGGAUUACAACAAGAGCUUAUGGACCUCCGGCACAACCAGGAGACGUUCGAUCCAACUUCGACGGCAGCUUGCUAUACCCAAAUUGCUCCACUCCGUUGCCACCGACCAAGACCAAUGCUUCCGCUCACCCUGAUGAAGCAACACUCGCCAAUUACAUUGAAACUUUGCUCAGGGCUAUAGACAGAAUACGGGGCGAGCGAGAUGAUCUACGGCGCGCCCUCGAAUUCUCCGAGACCGAGGCUCGAUUCACAGCCCAGACUAUGCAGAAGCGCAUCCACACACUCACCCAGGAGGCGGAUGGAGCAUCAGCCCACAAUCGGCAGAACAAGCGUCUUGUCCUUGUCAUCACAGCCCUGGGUGUCGUUGUGAAUCAUCUACGCGGGCGUUUGCAUGCUGCAGAGCAAAGUCAUGCGGUCCUCGACCACUCUCAAUCAAUCGCAGAACGAGAUGCCGCUUUACAAGACCUUCAAAGCAGGCUUGAGGUCUCGUACCAGCAGUUGACUGCAUCAGAAGAGUCGCGUAACCACCUGCUCCUCCUGGUCACAGAGCUGGAAGUCAAAGUCCAAUCUCUGACUGCCGAAGUACAGGCAGGGGAGUCAUCUCACGAAGACUCCCGUAAUAAGAUCCAGCAAGCAGAGGAACGACUAGCCGAGCUUACAAGAGCGUACCAGAAUAUCGAAUCGGAACGUAACUCACUCGGCCUCCAAGUCACGAACCUCCAAACAGACUUGGAAGCUGCACAAGAUGAAUUGUCGGACGCUCAAAGCCGCUAUAGCGCUCUCCAGGCGCAACAGUUAUCCACUAUGUCAGCAACUGGGGUAGCUCACGCGCUUCGUGAGCAGAUACAGGAACUUGAAGGUCGUGUCAACCGCCGCACGGAGCAGAUCGGCAUUCACCAACAUGACAUUCGCCGCCUGGAGACCAACCUCAAACUCCAGGAGGAACGUGUCUCCGAGAUGAUGUCAGAACUGGAGAUGAUGUCAACGCAGAAGGAGGCAAUGGUUGAGGACUGUGCAGAAGCUAGAGAUGCUCGCGACCAAGCUGUUAGCAACUUCGAGGCAGCAGAGUUCGAGGUGGAAAGGUUGCAGGAAGAGAACGACAAUCUCAAAGCCACCCACGGUGAUGAGCUAUCAUCUAUGGUGUCCAUUGUCGCUCAAGCGAUGUCGAACGCUCGCCGCGCCCAAUGCAUAGUGGACCAGCACCUCGCCGAAGAACCGCAGAUGUUGUCCAAGAUUGCUGCCCUUUCGGCCCACAGCUCGAAACUCUCUGAAGAUAUGGGAGUACUUGCUGGCGAGAAAGAAGUGCUUCGUCGAGACUUGACGGAAAGCGUCGCAUCAAUGCGCUGUCUUGAAGCUCUCCUGACAGAACGACAUGACGAAAUGCGUCAACUAGUGGUCUCGCUUGCGAUUGUACGCCAGGCACUGUCCAACAGAGAUUGCAACCUGGAGAAGUCUCGUCAAGACGUUGCGGUGUUGCAAGCUCAACUUUCAUCUUUCCGCUGCGAACUCGAGGAAAAGGAAGCCGAUCUGCAUGCUCAUCAUGCUGUCGAGGUCAGGGACUUGCAAGAUCGCCUCAAGCAUGCGAGCCAAGAGCUUACACAGGCUACGCAGCUUUUGCAAAGUGCUGACCUUCGCUUUGCGGAAGUGCAGCAACAAAAUCAAGAAUUAAACAGCCAAAUUGCAGCUCUCGCGGAUGACGACCAGAAACGAGCUGGGAGGGAGGACUCUCUACGCGUCAAACAUCAUAAAGAACUUGAUAUUCUACAGAAGGCACUGUCCGAUACCCAGAACGAACUCGCUGCCGCUAAAGAGGAAUGCCAGCGUCUUACGAUGCUCAUGGAACAAUCAACUAGCGAACUUGAACGAGUCCACAUGGACGCUCUGCGACAAGCAGAGCAACAAGUUCGCGAAUUGCAGGACAAUCAGCAGGAGACCGUUGCCGUUCUCGAAGCCAAUGAAAGAGAUCUUCAAGACUUCCGUAUUAGCCUUGACGAACGAUCCCGAGAGGAGGAGUUGCUGCGCGCACAGUUACAGGAUGAAAUUUCCUGUCGCAAGCAAGAUCAGGCGGCCUUCGAUGAUCAGCUCUCUUCUCACGCAGAGCAUACGCGCUGGCAGCUGGAGCAGGCUGAAGUUCAAUUAUCUAGUCUCCAGGCAGAGAAACAAUCGCUGCAAGUAGAGAUUACCAGCUUGGAAGCAGAGAUUCAGCGCUCGAUAUCCUUAACGAGAUAUCUCGAGCAACAAGUGCAGGAGAGUGAAACAUCCAAUUCCUCCCUCAAGGAGACCCUUGAACAGAUACAGCUUCGUCUUGCUCAGUCUGAAAAGGCGGGCAAGGCGGCCGAGCUUGGUCUUGCACUUCAAACAACACAGCAUGAGAAGGCAAUGGAAUCCCUCCGAUGGGAAUUGGACGCAGUUCGUUCGGAACCAAAACUUCAGGAUGUCGUCGCUGAAUUGGAAGAGAAAAAUCGCGAAAUGGAUGAGCUAUUGCAAAGCAAGUGUGCCGAAAUUGAAGACUAUGACGAUCGGAUAUUGGAAGCUUUGAAGGCGAACAAGAAAUUGUCAACCAAAGUGGAAGUUCUGACACGCAAGGUGCAGAACCUCCAAAGCAAACUUGCUUCCGUCAAAGAGUCUGCGCAAACCCCACCGGCCCCCCUCGCCGCACCGGCUAUGCAAACAACACCGCCGCCCAUUGUCCCUCCAGUGCAUCGGGUGGUGCCUGUAUUCACAGAUACUGCGCAAAUCCUGGGACGAGAUCGAACCAUGUCAAACACCCCAGCAGUAUUCCGAUCACAAACACCAGAGAGGAAACCUGUGCAGCCAGGUAUGACGCAAACCGAAAUCUCUGAAGGGGAGGUGCCGACAUCUGCGGGAAAGAAGAGACGAGCACCAGAUCAUGAUGAAAGGGAAACUGUUCCACCCGAGGGCCGCUACACAAGUGACUCGGACGUGCAGGCAGCCACUACACCACGUCUCCGGAAAACGUUUCGAUCCGGAUUUACGCCAGUACGCUCUUCCAGAAUCACACUUAAUCAGCCUUCGCCAGGAAGGCGAGCCACGACUACCAUCUCAGACGUUACGAACAGUCCUCGGUCCACAUCCGACCCUCAAGCUUCUAGAAACUCGUCUAAACGGACGUCGACCUGGUUAGGUAAAAUCAGAGGCGGAGUGCCGCAAUCUAAUAAUCCAGGUGGCAGGGUCGUAUCCUCACGAGUGAAUGUGUUUGAGAAGAUGCCAGAUAUUCCACGAUCGUCAUGA